ACAGAAACGGAGCAGCUCGAGACCGUUUGACAGUUAUUUUAAGUAUUUUUUAGCUCUUUUAAACCGGGAAAGUGCGUUUUUUUCCCCACUCUUUUCGGAUUUAAAAACGUGGAAAAGCGACGGAGGAUAACGCCAGCUUCUGUCUGAAUAAACAGGAAUUACAUUUUGACUUCGAAUUUUACUUGACGGAAUGUAUUUUAUCAUCCCAAACUAGCUUAACUUUACUCCGAAGUUUUCUGAAAAUGUUGGAUAAAACUGUGGAACUUCAACUGGAGGAGGAAGUCAGAGGAAAACACGUGAAAGAAGCGUUCACAGCUCAGUAUCGUUGUGGUCCUCUGCUUGGCCGAGGCGGCUUCGGUUCAGUGUUUUCAGGCCAACGACUUUCUGAUGGACUGCAGGUGGCCAUUAAACAGAUUUCCAUUGAUAAAGUCCAGCAGUGGGCCAGACUGCCUGAUGAGGUCAAUCCCGUUCCCAUGGAGAUAGCGCUGCUGCACAGGCUUUCAGAGGUCGGGGGUCACAGCGGGGUGGUCCGGAUGCUGGACUGGUUCAGGGUGGAGAAUCAGGGUUUCCUUCUGGUUCUGGAGAGUCCGCCUCAGUGCCAGGACCUGUUCGAUUUCGUCACAGAGAGAGGAGCGCUACCUGAACGCCUCGCCAACAGGUUUUUCCGUCAGAUCGUAGCGGCGCUGCUCUUCAUCCACGCCCACGGGGUCGUGCACCGAGACAUUAAAGACGAGAACAUCGUGGUCGACAUGAGGACCCUUGACAUCAAAAUCAUCGACUUUGGUUCCGCAGCGCUGCUCAAAGAGACGCCGUACUGCGAGUUUGAAGGUACGCGGGUCUACAGUCCUCCAGAGUGGGUUGUGUCUCAGAGGUACCACGCCAUCCCGCUCACCGUCUGGUCUCUGGGCGUGCUGCUCUUCGACAUGGUUUGCGGCGACAUCCCGUUCGAGCACGACGUGGAGAUCAUCAGAGGCCGACCCAUUUUCACCAGACGCGUCUCCAAAGAAUGCCAGUCUCUCAUUCACUGGUGUUUGUCGUACAAGCCCGAGUGCCGUCCGACGCUGGAGCAGAUCCUGUCCCACCCCUGGGUGGAGGCGGCAGACUGGGAGGAUGAGGAGGAGGAAGAAGAAGGGAGGGCAGGAGACUCUCUGACCGCUCACUCGCUCUGACUCUGAUUGGUCCACUCUAAAACUUCCACUGGACUGAACAUUUACGGAGUUCAAACUAGAAUCAAACACUGGUCACAGAAGAACUAUUUAUGUUUUAUUUAACGCCUCGUCUGCAGUCGAGUCGACUGGACUUUAUUUACGUUUCUACUGAGCUGACAGUUGGGUUCAUGUCUGGUUUUUUGUUUUUUUUUUUGUAAUUUAUUGUGAAUCACUGUAUUUAUUUUUUAUGUUACGAGGACAGUGGUUCUUUACAGCUCCUUUGCUGGUUUUGUUUUGUUUUUUUUUUUGUUUUUUUUUUAUAAAACUGUCAACACUGUAAUUGAGUCAAACUUUUUAUUUUUUUCUCCAACAAAUGUGUAAAAAAGGCAAAAUAAUCUGUCACUGAGGUGAGCAGACUGCCAAAAAGGCUUUAAAAAAACAGUGACAGAAUCAGCACAAAAGCAAUAAAUGGAAGAAAAAGAAGUGAAAGCAUGAAACGACACAUACCUGAAGUCCAGAAAAACGUCCAAAAGAUGCAUUUUUGUGGCAUUUAUGACAACAAACGUCUCAAACUAUGUGGCUUUUAAGUGUAGUUUUUCAUAUUGGAAUAUCCACUAAUGUUUGACAUUGCGUUGUAACGACCAGUGGGUUUGUUCUCCCACAUUUUUGUCCCAAACGUCUGUACAGUGGAGACUUAACACACAUGAUCCAAACAGGGUCUGAUCCAGUUCGUCAGGGCUCAGUUCAGAGGUCAAAGGUCACUGGCCUGUAGGGACUGGUCCUGAUGUUGCUGUAAAUACUUGUGUAUUGUUGGGGUUUGAAUGAAGUGGCUGUUGGUCACUUGUUUGUGUUUAUUUACAUUAAAUAUGAAACUUAUGGAUCAAAUACUGAUCCCAUGUCUGAAUAAAAGAGGUUUUUUCAUA